GGACCGGAAGCUGGAGACGGCGCUGCGCUGCCCAGCCUGGUUUACGAAAGGACUAGACUGCAUUGUUGUUAUAUGUUCGGCAAGUUGAGCCAGAAGUGCAGAAAAUGUAUCCCUUUGGAUUUUCUGGACCCCUCCAGUCAUAUCCAGCUUUCUGGAUACUUGGCCAGAACAGUGCGAGAAAAUGGCUCUGGCCCGGUUGGGAAGAAAGUUUGGCUUGCAAAGCGGCUCCUAAGAACUGGCGGCUCCGGAAAGAUCAGAUCCGAUUAAAGAAAAAGUGGGAAAUGGCAGAGCCUUCUCUUUGGAAGGGACGUUGAUUGGGAAUCCCUAUACUUCUCGGGCAGAAGUCAGAGAUACUGCGCCAAAGGAACCUUGGCAUUCUUAAAUCACUAUAGUUACCAAGAUGAGCUUGUUGCAAGAUGGUGUUUGGUGGGAGAAUGUAAACAUAAGGGUUAAAGGGAGAAUGUAAACAUAAGGGUUAAAGUCAAAGAAAUGCCGUGUGAGUCUUCACAGCUUUCAAAGAAAACUUUCAUGUCAGAUUGAUAUUAAACAGCCUCCCCAGGAAUGCAACCUAGGUUUAAGGAGCUUCAAGUCAAUGUUGAUUCUCAGUCUUCGCAGUUUGCAGUGGUUUGAUCUUGCCCUCUUCCUAGAGCUGAGAGUGACUGUCCCAAGGUUGCCCAGCUUGGCUUUAUGCCCAAGGCAUAACUCACGGUCUCCUUUUCUAGCCUAGUGUAAGAGGAAGGGCCUCUUAAAUAAAUACCACGGGGUGGCAUUCAAUCCUUGCUUCUAACACUAUUUCUUUUAACGUGGUCUUUUCUUGUAACGUGUUUUGGCUAACAGUGUAAUUGAGAUUUUAUACAAAGGUUUUCAGAUCAGCCACACAGUUCAUUUACGGUUCGCUUUAGAGAACGAGAACCUGCAGUUUUGCCCAUUCUACGUAAACACUCCUUCUGAUUUAUUUCUGCUUCCACUCUGCUCUUGUUCCCUGGGGGCUUGCAGCUUAACCUGAAGUUGCAGUUUUCCGGUUUGAAAGGAAAAUCUCUUUGGUUUCCACCUAUUGCCGGAGUAUGAGCGGAAACGCCUGUUCUUUUCAGCGGAAGUUGCGGGGUGGGUCUUAUGAACUCUGAGUUAGCGUGCGGUAGCUUCGUUUGGCAAGCAGGGUGGGGAGAUGGGAAAGAGUAAUUUAAUGUAUUUAAAAUGGCGUUGUAAUUUCAUGCUUUGCAAUAGGAAUUCAUGAAGAACAGCUCCCUUUCAAAGGAGCAUAGGGGGUGAAUAGACAUGUUUAGACUCCACUGAAUCUGAUCUAUUCAAUGCCAGUAGAGAAUUGAACUCGGGGCUUACAUUUUAACUAUUACACCAUCCAGGCUUCUAGAUAUAUCUCCUAAUCUGUUACAGACAUAUACAAAAUAGUUCAUAUAUAAGUACUGGUGGGACCAGAAAAUAGACGGUAAUAGAAAAUGAAGCUAAAGUGCUCUGUGAUUUCAAACAGAUAAGCACACACAACAUCUCGGAUUUAACUGUUCAAGGCAAAAAAAAAAAACAAAAAAAAAACCUGUACUGUAUAGUGGUGUGGUACUACCUGUGGACAGCAUGUAGUGCAGGAACUGGAGAAAACCACAAAAUAACAAAGACCUGCAAAUAGAAAUUGAACGACAUCAUUUAUUUGUUGAGAGAGUUGAGCUGAGUAGAGAGAAGCACUUCUUUGUGAACAGUUUAGACUAGUUGCAACAGAUUACCAACCAUGAAAGCGACCUGCCCCUCCCAGUUUUGCUUGAUCCAGGUUUGGUGAGUCUUGACAUCAGAUGUCUGUGACAUCAGAAUGUCAGCUAAGCUGAAAUGGCCAAAUUAGUUUUGUACAUCAGUUUGCAGUCUGCUGGACCAGUGCCUGGAGAUCUUGGGAUGAGUCUUCAGAAUGGGGAUUUGCCAGGGCAGUAUUCCAAAAUCCACCAAACCCUUGAAGCAUGAACUAAAAGAAAAGUUGAAAGACUCUAUCAUCAUCUUUAUGAUAGGAGGUCCUGGCUCUGGUAAAGAUGUGCAGAGUAUCCGGCUAGCUAGCAAAUACGACUUCUCCCAUGUGGCUAUUGGAGAACUGCUGCGGGAAGAAGCCAGCAGGAGUACUAGUAAGGGCAAAGCCAUUAGGGAGAUCCUGAUGAAAGGGGCUCUGGUGCCCUCGGGCUACGUCUUAGAACUGCUGACUGACAGGAUGUUAAAAGCUGAAAAUUUCAAAGGAUUCUUUAUUGAAGGCUUUCCCCGAGAAAUCAAUCAAGCCAGGCUGUUUGAGGAAGUUGUGGGACGUUUGCCCAACAUUGUUAUAGUAUUCGACUGUUCUACAGAGACUAUGAUCCAGCGGCUGAUGAUCAGAAGCCAGCUGGGCCAAAGAAUGAAUGACCAUGAGAGAAUUAUCCGGCAACGGCUUGAGACUCACUAUACACUGUGUGACCCUGUCCUCACUUACUACCUGCAGAAAAGCAUACUCCGGAAUAUCCUUGGGGAGGAACCCCCAGAAAUAGUCUUUACCAAGUGCUGCAGUGUUGUUGAUGAUGUGAUAAAAGCAGCUACCUCUGUGGUAUAGCUAUUUAGUUCUACAGAAAAAUAAAAGAUUUUAAGCUCUGGUCUAUUAGCAUGCCUUCCUCAGACCCCUCCCCCCCUUUUUAAAAAAGAUCUUGAUUCAGAACUGCAUCAACCUCACCCAAUAAUCUAAUAAUCUGAAGCACCGAGAAUGGUCCUGUCUAUGACAAUGUAUUCAGAAAUCUAGAUUAAAUUAUAUCCUGCAAUCUCCAAGAAAAGCCAUGUUUGCAAAUGGUUUUCUGUGAGCAAAGUUAACUGCUGGCCAAAACAAGAAUGAAAGAUCACUUUCACAGUAAGCAAUCAUAGAAUAAAGGGGAAUUACUGUUGCAGCAUAUAAGCAAGCUGUGAUCUACAGAGUAGUCUUAGGUCAUUCUAUUAAUUGAGAUGCUCUUUCUGAAAUUCCUCAGUCAAGGAUACAUUCCCACUUGUUUAAUUUAUCUCUGGAAUUAAGUUUGUACUUUCAAAGAGUAUCAUAUCUCCAAAUCAUGUCUGAGGUAGCAAAAUUCUAAGGUAAGACAUUCUGGGAAUUACUAAGCCAUAAGGAUUUUCAGCUGGUGAUGGUACAUAUCAGGAACAUGGAUAUAAUUAUAAUUGGGCACUUUUCCAACACAACACUUUUGAACUCUAAUAUAUACUUUUCAUAGAUCUAAAUCACAAAUGAGUAUCAGCAGGAGGUAUGGUGACAUUUUAAAAACAACUGCAUAUUUACCCAUCACUUCCAUUAAGUUAUGACUACAGAUAGUCCUUGAUUAAUAACUAUUCAGUUAACAAUGGAUCAAAAUUAUGGGUCUCAGAAGUGAUUUAUGUCCUGUCCCUAAAAGUUACGACUGCCACACCACCCCGAAAGUCAACUGAUCGCAAGUCAGGCAAUUAGCAACUGGCUCACAUUUACCUGCUGCAACAUCCUACAGUCAUGUGAUUGCAAUAUGUGACUUUCCCAGACAUUUUCUGAUAGGUUUCCAACAAACAACCUCAACUGGGGAAAUCAGAUUUGCUUAAAGAUAGCAGUAAAAGUAAUUGUAAAAUCAAGUCUGGUCACAUUCACUUAAUGACUGUACCUCUUACUGACUGAAAUUCUGGACCCAAUUGUGGUUGUAAAUUGGGGACCAUCUGUAUUGCCCAUGUCAAUAGAUUUGUGAAUGCCUUGCAUCAUCCUUCAUACUUCCUUCCCUUUCAACUCAAAAUAAAAAGUAUCUUGUAGGCCUCAGUCCUUAGUUGUAUAUAUAGUCCUUGGUCUGUUUUUAAAAUCUCUCUGUAAUACCAGCUCAGACUCAAAGUAAUUUAUCCCAGCCUGUAACAACGGGUGGAGAUGGGAGGCAGCAAAGGGAGACCAAAUGCUGAAGAAAAUUAUUCUUUAGUGGAAAGAGUACCCUCAUGUAUAUUUCCAAAUAUCUUCUCAGAUCCUGCAAAGCAUUUUAGACCAAAUUAUCCAAAUAGAUUUAAUGAUGAAUAAUCUGCUAGGGGGUUCCAGCCAUUGGUGCAAGAAGCUGGAAAAUUCACUUUUAUGAUAUACCACUCCUAUAUGCUGAUACCUAAGAACGAAGCUGUUUCAAAACUCUACAUACGUUGAAUUUCAAGAUUAUCACAAGUCAAAUCACAGUUCAGUCUAUGGAACCUCAUGAAGAAAUAAGCCUGCCGCUGCUCACAUCAAAUAUCUGUUCCCACUGCCCUGGCAACAUUCAAACCUUCUGGGUCCUGUUUUUGGAAACAUACACAAUUUGCAUCAGAGACUUUAAAACAAAAAAGCAUUUUAUUCAACAAAAAUGCACAAAUGCCUGCUCAAACUAUAAAAACACAGGAAGCUCUUAAUUCAUGACCAUUAUCAGGCUUUUACAACAGCUAUAUCGUGAACAAA